AUGACUGAGCCUGACUUGAGUUUCAUUAGUGCGGAUAUAAAUCUUGAACAGGUGAAAGCAUUGGAUACUAAGCGAACCAUUGCGUUUGUGAAUUAUUUCGUGAUGCAAUUAACACACUUCUUAAAUUCGUUCGCCACUGAUGUGGAAAGUAGGAUAAUCGAAAUGGAAAAUCGCCUGGAGCGGGUCAGAACAUGCACACUUCUGCUUGAGUCUAAGGUGGAUAGUGUUGCUGGUGCAGGUGAAGUUUUCGUCGAUCAACCGAUGCAGUCCUCACCGCCUAAACAGACGUCGUCAUUAGAAAGUACAAACAAUGUCAAAAGCACACUCAUUAAAAGUGAUGACUCCGUUCAGGAGAUUGCAAUGAAACCCCAAGAAACCAUGGAACCAGCUGAAGAGAAUGCCACUGAAUUGAAUGCAACUAGUCAAAAAACCUCAACUUUACAUCCAGUUAUUACGAUUCGUGAAGAUGUUCGAUAUGAGAAAUAUUUCAAAAUGCUUAAAAUGGGUGUCAUCGAAGCAGCGGUUAAACAGAAAAUGGUAUCGGAAGGAGUCGAUCCAUCAUUUCUGGAUAGGCCAGAUGCACCAUCAGAAGGUGCUGCACAACCUGCCUCCAUUGAUGCUUCACAACGUCAACAUGCAUCAACUUCCAUCGACGAUGACGAUGAAUCGGACUCUGUAGCGAGUUUCAGUGAUACCGAAUAA